AUGCCACUAUACCGAGCCGUUAGAAACAAGCACAAUUUCUCUAAAUUAUUUGGCGUAGUCAACGGUGCCAUAUUAAUAGCUAUAUCACUGUAUAUCGCAAUAGGGCUGUUAGGUUACCUAAAAUACGGCGAUGAGGUUGAAAGUGUGAUCACCCUAUCCCUGCCCGAUGAGCCGGUCUAUGAUAGUGUGCUAUUAAUGUACUCAUUGGCGGUCACCGUCUCAUAUCCGGUUCAGAUGUACGUCGCUAUACAACAACUGUGGCCUAGGAUUGAGUCCCGACUCCAGGCCCACAAAAUGGACUCAAAUUAUAUAAACGCUUCAAACUAUAUCUUACGGACAGUUUUGGUUAUCAUAACAUAUCGAAAGUAUGAUGACAGUACGAUCAAGGUAAAGGACAAUACUGAUGUCGUGUCGAUAGCUCAAAGCAGAGAAAUUGAGAUCACGCUGACAAAUGUGACCAAAAAUAUAUUCGGUGACUACCGGUGCAAAGUGGACUACUACUCGGCACUGGACAAGAAGUCAUCCCCUAAGGACUCCUACCAUAAGGUGUCAUUCGGUCGCACAGAUAACGGCACCUUUUGGCUCGACAACCAUAACAGUGCACUCACUUAUAGCUCAUCCCUAUUAGUGGUGUUCACGUCCCUUGUGGUGUACACUGUGUUUGGAAACAAUUUAUAA